AUGUAUGUUUACGGCGAGCAAAGUAUAACAGGCGAUCUUUUAGAAGCUGAAGAGACUAAUACGGAAGAUGGAGGAUUCAAUUUUUCCGACGAGGAUCAUCCUGAGUCAUAUUCACCUGAAGCUGAAACUCUUGCUUUAAGUUUUGAGAGAGAAUCCUCUUUGGAAAACAGUAGUACAGCAUCGCCAGAACAAACGUUAUCACCUAUCGAUGAAUUAAACUCCAAUAAACAUUACAGACCGAAUUAUGGACGUCGAAAUGCACAGUUUACUCCAAGGUGCUGGAAAUUGCUUAUUGAACUGAUCCGAGAAACUAUGGAAACAUCAAACUUAACCUUUGAAGAUGCAAGAGAAUCCCUUUGGAAAUCAAGGCGUAUACCAAAAAUAUUUCAGAAAGUAAUUGUUCACUUUCGGGUCGAAAUACCAGGUAUAACCAGAAGGACUCUGCAUCGUCAUCUUCGAGGAUAUUUUCACGUUCCUGGUUUCUCCCAGUUUGGCUAUGUGGAUUCAAAUAUAUCUGGAACUUGGGGUGUAAAAGAAGCAGAAUUGGUUGAGACUCAUAUAACCCGUUUCCAAGAGGAAAAAAAUCUCUCCGAGCACGAGUUUUGUGAAUUGAUUUGGGCUAAUGAUUAUACAAUGGAAAUCGAUCAGCUGUAUAAUACAAUAGUGGAUGAACUUGAACGAGAUAAAAAAAGUGUUCAAGGUUUUGUUCGCCGAAAAUAUUACCCUUUUUUGCAUAGAAACUCUUGGACGUUAGAGGAAGAGGAACAAUUGAAAAGCCUUGUCAAGACCCACGGUAAGUUAUGGUCAAAAAUUGGUCAAAUUCUCAAUCGACGUCCCAUGCAGUGUCGAGAUCAUUGGCGAGAUUAUAUUCAGUGUGGAAGCGUUCGUCAUUCUCCUUGGACAGAAGAUGAGUCCAAAAGACUCUUAGCAUUCGUGUCGGAAUGCAAACAGCAAUCUUCCCUAAUACCAAUUCAGUGGGAACUUAUUGCCAAAAAGCUCAAAAACAGACAUAGACAUCAUUGCAAAUCGAGAUUCUAUUCCCUUCUGAAGAGUACUUCUGAUAAAGAACUCUUGUUUUAUCCGGGUGAUAAUAUAUGGAUGAUACAAAGGAUCAAAGAAAUGGGCAUCGAAAAAGAAGAACUGAUUGAUUGGAAUCAGAUAUCAGACCUUUCAGGCCAAUUUUGGACUUCAAAAGCUUGCGCGAAGCAAUUCAAAAAGAUAAAAAAAUGCUUAUUUGUGAACAAUAAAGAUAUCUUUCCUGUUUUGAUUCAGAGAUUACUAGACGUGUUUCAAUGUGCCGAGUCUGAAAACUUACCUUCUCAUCUAUACAUGAACCAAAAUGCUCCUUUCCCUGGUUCUUAUAACGCUUAA